AUGUUGUUCCGAGCCUUCCAUCGGCGAUUACACAGGACGUUGCGAUUGCUUGGAACCGACGCAAAGGUCCCACCACCACCAACGACGACCGGCACGGAGAAGGUGAAGCAACUGUUGGAACAUGCUGCCAGCUUUGAGGACCUCGAUACACGCCGCGAAUCGGAUGAAUGGGCCACCCUGCCGUACGUUCCUGGCACCUACAUCACACGGGACCAAUCGAAGAAAGCGAUCCGCCCGAAAAUUGACCCACGAGAGACCAACAUAAUCGUGUUCCCCGGUCAGGGCACACAAUACGUCGGAAUGGGAUCGAAGCUGCUCAAGUUUCCCGGAGCACGAGACAUCUUUGCCCUUGCCAACGAGGUGCUGGGUUACGAUCUGCUCAAAAUCUGCGUCGAAGGUCCGAAGAGCAAGCUGGACCAGACGAAAUACUGCCAACCGGCCGUGAUGGUUACCUCCUUGGCCGCUCUGGAACAGUUGCGCGAGGAGCGCCCGAACGCGAUCGAUAACUGCUACGCCACGGCCGGGUUCAGUUUGGGCGAGCUGACCGCGCUCGUCUUUGCCGGUGCCAUUCCAUUCGAUAAAGGUCUCCAGUUGGUGCAGAUCCGGGCCGAAGCGAUGCAGCUUGCCAGCCAGCAGGCCAAGGGUGCCAUGGUAACGGCGUUGUUCGGAGCUGACGGUCGAAUCGGAGACGCUUGCAACGAAGCUAAGAACUGGUGCAUCGAGAAGGGGAUUGAAAACCCGGAUUGUCGGGUCGCGAAUUAUCUCUAUCCUGGCUGUAAGGUGCUGGCUGGUAACGAGGAAGCCAUACGCUUCCUCGAGGCCAACACCAAACGAUUCAACAUUCGGCGACUCAAACGGCUACCGGUGAGCGGUGCUUUCCACACGGAGUUGAUGCAACCGGCGGUGGAACCGUUUGCGGCUGCCCUACGGAAGAUACGGGUGGAAGAACCUAUCAUCAACGUACAUUCGAACAUUGAUGGAAAGUGCUACAAAAGUGCGGGACACAUUGUUGGACAACUGCCAAAGCAAAUCGUACGGCCGGUCAAAUGGGAACAAACCCUCCACAUCAUGUACGAGCGAAAGGCAGGCGAACACUUUCCCCGUACGUUCGAGUGUGGUCCCGGUAAGGGACUAAAGGCCAUUUUGAAACAGGUCAAUGCCAAAGCGUGGGACUCGACGCUAAAUGUGGAAGCGUAAUCGUUAAGUCAAACACAGCAAAUACUAGCAAUCCGGAGAAGAGUUUAGGAAAUAAAACAAAUUUAAACCAUUUAACUUA